AGAAACUCGUCCCGGCUGGUGGCGGACUGAUCCCGGCCAAAACUCACCACCGGCACCGGCACCAUCGUCCGGGGCCACAGGACAGGAUGCCCCAGCGGCCAGCGGCGUGAAGCGUCGAAGAAGCAGGAGGGCUAAAACGAGAAGAUCCUGCCCCGUGUGUUCAAGCAUUGGAGUGAUGCCGACGUGGUGCUCGUUAGCGAACGAUUGGUGUCCUCCAUCCAUGCUGUCAUGGCAACCACAGCAGGAGUGGUUGUGGUGUCGUCGUGCAGGGGCAAUGUCAUCAAUGACAGGCACUGGCUGGCCACCCACUUUGUCAUCUGGUUCGGCGUGCCCUACAUGACAUACGACCUCCUAGCCAUGUACCUCAGCCACUACCACCGCUUCCGCGUCAAAGGUCAUGAGGAGUACAAGCACCAUUCCUUUGGGACGGUGAACGCCUUCGUCCGGCGGGAGUUCCUGCUGGUGCUGCAUCACAUUGCGCUGCUCACCGUCCUGCUGCCCGUCACGCUGUUCUUCCGGAAGGACCAAGGCGAUUUCUUCAUCGGCUGUUUGUUUCUAACCGAGCUCAGCACGCCCUUUGUCUCCCUGGGGAAAAUACUCAUUCAGUUGGGCCUCCAGGAAGGUUGGCUGCACAAAUACAACGGCGGCAUGGUGCUGCUAACCUUCUUCGCGUGCCGCAUCGCCCUCUUCCCCUACAUGUACUGGGCUUACGGCCACCACUAUGGCAUCCCACUCUACGCAGUGCCCUUCAACCUGUCGCUCACCGCCAACCUGGGCAACUCGUGCAUCCUGGCGCCACAGGUCUACUGGUUCGUCCUGCUGUGCCGAAAGGGCUACCGCCUGUACCAGCGCAGUCGGUGCCCACCCUCGCCACCGGUUAAGGACCAGUGAUGUACGCUCACUGUAGUAACGCACUGGCAUAACUACUGUGCUUCACAUAUUUGACUACCCACCAUUGUACUGUAUGUAGUCCAGGAGGACUGCCGGCAUCCACCCCCCGCACAGUAAACCCUUCCUGUUUGGAAUCUGCUCGUAGUGGACCUGUCCCAAGAAACAACUACUGAUGUUUGGUGUUUCGAGCCCGGUCUGGCUGUGGAUCUUACUGACUGUUCACGCCGCUGAAAAGGAGGUCGAGCAAACGCGUGAAGGACACAGUCGUUCUCCUUUUGCCGUUAGGAUGCGAGCGAGUGGCUGCUACGGCAGGUAUUUAUUUGUAUUGUAUUGUUUUUAAGAGUGGCGGCUCUUUCUCUUGUUCCCGCCCACUCACUUUAUCAGUGCGUGUAUCAGUUGUUUGUUCUAUUUUCAAUUGGCCAUCUCAAAAUGAAAAAGUUAACUUCAUUUUUUUUUUUGUUUUUUUUGGAUCAAACAUUUAAAAAAAAUGAAAGACUUUUCAUGAUUCAACUGUGCGUUGAGGUCGGAAAAUACGAAUUGAAAAUACAUCUCAGGACUGCAACAACAUUAGGGUGCAACUUGAAGUUUGUGUUAUUCAAGAUUAAAAAAUAAGAUAGAAAAAAAAAUGAUAUACUAUGAGAAAUAUACCUACGACUAAGAUAUGCCGUCCAAGUGGCAGUAAGACGGUAGCAGCGGAGUCACGAAUGUUUUAAAAGUAAAAAGAAAAUAGUAAAGUUACAUCAGAGGUCACUGAUUGUGAAUGGCUGUCUGUCUCUAGUUGCCCUGCGAUUGACUGAUGACUAAUCCGGGGAAUAGUCUUCUUUUUCCCUGAAGGCAACCAGUGGGAUAGGCUCCAGUUCUCCGGAACCCUGAAAAGGAUAAGCAGUGUAGAAAAGCAAUGAAUGGAAGGAGUUAUAUUAGCUAGUUAGCUGCCACAAUCGGUCAACAAAGACACAUACAUGCAGUUUGUGUCUUACUAAGAGGAGAGAGGGAUAAAAAUUUGGAGUUAAGAGUCCAAACAAUGCAUAAUUUUCCAUGUUAAUAUACUGCGGCUGGACCGUUUGUGGUGGCUAACGCAAGAUAGCAUUUAAUACUUGUUACCGUCAAGGUCAACCCUCUGGCCAGGAUUUUCAAUUUCGUAUUUGUGAUCUGCACCCGGAAUUAAAUGAUGAAAAAUCGGCCAUUUUUCAGUUUUUGUUUUUAAUUGCCCAACUGCAAAUGGAAAAGACAAAUGAUACAGUUUUUAAUCGCACAGACGAGAGGUCCUCCGGAUAGGCAGUAUUAACUGGAGACGAUGUAGCACUAGCACCUGUACCGCAUUAGCUCUGAAUGCUCAGUGCUUCUGUCGUCCGUAUAUUGUACAUGAAGGUUCGUUGAGCUGAACGUGAAUAAUCCACUGGAACGCUUACAUAUAAAAUAAUAUAAGGCUUUCACUCUACGCUAUGUCAGUGCCUCAGAGAUGAGCAAUAAGAUGAGCUAGCGUUAGCUGGUUAGUGUUAGCUGCCGGCGAGGCUUCGAGGGCUUUAUACACAUUCAGGUUCUUAGAGUUUCAUCAUCACAAAUAUAUCUUAACAUUUAAACGACUUGACACGAGAGGAUAUUCUCUUAAUCAUGAGUCCCUUUUGCGCCACCUGCAUUUUCCCAUUCCCCAUUUCACUGUUGAAUUAGGGUGGAUGCAGUCGGCUCGGCAGUAUUUCAUCUUCGAGGUACAAUCGGCGCUGAAACAGAGCAACGUGCCACUGGGUUACGCAGAAGAGGCACAUUUUCUAACGGCCCUGGUGCAGGAUAGCUGUAUAAAAGUAGCCGGUACCUUAUCAGUGUGGAAUCCAAUUCUUUUCAGGAUCCCACACUGUUUGUUACACUUCCGACACACUUGGUUUUUUUCGUGCACUGUAAAGCUUUAUAAACAACGAUCUGUCUCAGAAUGCAUUUAUGCGCUUUGUAUUUCACGGCCCCCCUCCCCCCAUAAAACUAGAAUCUAUGCAAAAAGGCGCCUGUACUGUAUGUUUACAAAGCUGAUGUCGAGUUAAAUUGAUUUAAGUCUUGCCCAGUUUAUAGUAAUUGAACUAUUUAUUUUCCAAUAUAAUUCCGCUCCGCUUAUCACACUGCAUUCCAGGGGAAACACUGAAAAUAACUCUCAUUUAUAAUUUUUGGAACCCUUAUGAGGGGAUAUGUUCGCAAUUGUGAAGAUGAUGCCCAUAAAGCAGUCGUAGCCUUACUAGCCUCAAUGUAGAUUUUUUCAUCUUCAAUAUCCCUGAACAUUAUUUUGCUUUGUACUUUUCGUGAGUAUUCAGAGCAUGUGGAAACAUCUAGCAGUGAAGUGGUGCUAAUAUUCAAAUGUGGAUUAAGUUGCAAAAGUCCCCCCCCCCCCCCAUCCCAUUGUUCAAAAUGGCAGACUGGAGUUUUACAUUUUUACAGAUCCGGUUCUUCGUUUGGAUUAACAUUUGGAUUAGCAGCCCUAGUUCCAUAUUAAAUGGGAUGUUAUGCACAUUUUUAAUGCUGCCUGUAGUUCCGGGCUGUAGUUUUUUUUUAAU